AUGGGAGGCAAUUUCUCCCUUCUUUCUCAGUCCCUUUUGGGUCAAGCCGUGCCGCACAUCUCAGUCCGCAUCACAGCAUCGUCCGACCAGCUAAAUAUGACUGAAGGAAUCUCCCUAACGUUCUUCAUCGAACUCAUUUUACACCAUUCUCAGCCUAUCACGUGGGAAUCGCAUGGCUGGGGCAUAACCCACACUUCAACCGUCUUUCGCGAUGGAGGCUUGACCUUCAGGGACACAUCGACUGGCCAACUUGUUCCCCGAGGCCAUAUUGACAUUUGUGUCGAGAGCGACGACAACAAGAUAACCGAACGAAACAAGGGAGGUUGGACAACACUGUACCCUGGAAAACCGCAUGUCUUGGAGCCGAAGCUCGAAGGGACUUUGGGACCUCAAUACUGGCCGCCGCCCCAAUGGACAGGUGAGACGGAAGAGGAAUGCAGAAAUCGGCCACACACUGUAACGUGGCAAUUCGUGACGCAGUUCAAAGAUGGUAAGACCUACGAGGUUGGCAUCAGCGACAUAGCAAGGAUUUGGUGUUACUGGAACGGGACUAAAGACGACUUUUUGAGUGGUCGAAAGAAACAGUCUGACGCGACUAGCAGGUCUGGUCCGAUCGUAUACAAGAUUGAAGAGACGGUAUCCUUCACGGUCAGUCGGCCAGACGCGGACGGAAGUUUGAACUAUUUCUUGGGUUAG